AUGUCCGAGUCGGUACCAGGUCCGUUUUUCACCACAGCGACCCCUACAGACCACGUACACGAGGAGGAAACUUCGAAUGCUGGAUAUUUCGAGAGUCUAUCGGAAAACGAUAUCUAUUUGUUUUUUGAAAUCGAUAACACCUCUGAAUGGAUUAAAAAUGGAAAACACAAACGAAUCGCUCUCCAAUUUCCCGAUUCCCUUCUUCCAUAUUCUGAACGAGUAACGAGGCUGAUUGAGAAUAAGAUUCGAGAUUCUGAAGCACCUGAUGGCGUAAAGAAAACAUUCGUCUUAGCUGAUACCUCAUAUCGCAGUUGUUGUGUCGACGAAGUAGCUGCAGCACACGCCGAUUGUACAGCUCUCGUACAUUUCGGAGAAGCUUGUCACAGUGCUCCAACUGAUAAAAUAGAUGUUAAAUUCGUUCUCGGAAACAUGCCAACUUUUAUCGACGAGUUCGGAGCACAGCUGAAAAAAGUCGUUGAUCAACUAUCAUCUGAAAACAUUAUCGUUCUCAUGGAUUCAUGUUUUGCUCAUGAACAAAAUCAAAUCGUUGAUAUUAUCAAAGAUAUAGUGCCUCCCACCAGACACGUGUCAUGUGCAAAUCUACCCAGUGAAAAAUCGUUAAAGGAACAUCGAGAAAACGUAUAUCUUGGUCGUGAAAUCCCAUCUCCCUUGCGUGAAAAUCUCCCUGCUGACUUAAUCUUCUGUGGUUUUCCCAAUUCUCCUCUACUCCCCGUUUGGCUACUUUCAUAUCCAAGUUGUGUUACUGUCACCCACUACAAUCCGGUUGAAAAGACGAUUCAACACGAAAGGUACGUUUAUUAUAGAUCUUAUUAG